AUGGCUGAGAGAAAUCGAUUUAAGUAUAUGAGAUUUAACAAAGAAGGAAGAACUUCACAACUAGAUGAAGAAAACGUGACCUUUGCCAGGAAUGAUGAAUCUUCUCCUCGCCAAAUUGUUUAUAAAAACGAAUGCCCAAAAGAAUUUGAAAAUUUCAAAAAUUGCAUGACUGAGCAUGAUAAUAGACUAUCGGAAUGCGCUCAUCAAAAUUCUGACCUGGAGCAUUGUGGCAAAAAGGCAUUCAGUUUAAUUAAUGCUAUGACAGAAUCUUAUGACUACCAUAAAGGCCUACAUAGAAAGGAUGAGAAUAGUUAA